AUGGCGAUGGAAAAAAACCCCGACGUGGCUGGCGCGGCCGCAGCGCCCGCCAAAUUCUCGCGCUAUCGAUCCGUCCGAAAAGCCGCCUCCAAGAGACCCGAAUUUGUCGCAUCCCCUCAUCACCACCAUCACCACCCUCCACUCCCGCCCAUCGAUACCUCCGUGCAGCAGCAGCAAGCGAUCGCCCCGACCCCGACUGCGACCAUGUCCGCCACGACGGUGAAACGGAGCAUGUCGCGAUAUCGUCGCCAGCGGGCGACCGAGACGAAUGCGAGUGCGCCGCCCGUGCCGGCCGAUCGGGGCUUGGCGUACAGGGGUCCUGCGUCGGCGACGCAGGGGAGGGAGAACGGGUCGGCUGGGCGCGAGCAGAGCGAGAGACGCAGACAGAGGGAUGCGGCGGUGCGCGCGGAGAAAUUGGUCUACGUGGAGGAUAGCGAGGAUGAGGAUGUGCGCGACCAUCAUCGGCAGAAUGCGAUGGAUCGGUUGACUGGGGGGGAGAAGAUGAAGAAGACUACUACUACGACUACGGCUACGGCUACCAACACUGCUACUACUGCGACUGCGACUAGCGCCGCGGCACCACGACGACCGUCCACCCGCGAUAGAGCGGCGACGCGCGAUCGCGAGGACAGACCGUAUCUUACGGAUGGGGAGAGCCGGACCAGAGCGACCAGUCGACGUCGGUCGAGUCAGGAGCCCCGACGGCAUUCGUUGAAGGAGACGACCAAGGUUUCCUCUGCGAGACCGGCCGAGGAAGCGGCGCAGGCCAUCGACACGAGUGUGGGCAAUCGACACCCGGGCUUCGACGCGCCCGUUUCGGCGGUCAAUGCGGGCGAGCGACAGGUGGUUGUGCGCUAUCGCAAAACGUCCAUGCGGCUAUCCGUCACGCCGUCGACCUCCGCGCAGGAUCUCCUAUUUCUGGCCGGGGAGUGUCUCGCCGGGGACAUUGACCCGUUGAAAUUCAUCCUCAUGGAAUCCUUUACGGAAUUGGGCCUGGAGCGACCUCUGCGCCGGUACGAGUACGUGCGCGACGUGAUGAACUCGUGGGCGCACGAUCGGGAGAACACACUGAUCAUCGUGCCGGCGGCCAGUCUUGAAGCGCUGACGAUGCUGGACGCCCACUGCGUGCCGGCGGGUCAGCCCGCGGAAGUGACGUUGCACAUGUACUACUCGCAACGGCCGCGCAAGUGGGAUAAACGGUUCAUCACGCUGCGCUCGGACGGCCAGGUGACUCAGUCCAAGAAGGAGAAUGGCCAGGAGUCGACGAAUAUCUGCCAUCUGUCGGAUUUCGACAUCUACUCGCCCACCCCGGGCUAUCUGUCCAAUAACAUCAAGCCCCCGAAGAAGAUGUGCCAGGCGAUUAAGAGUCAGCAGAAGUCGAGCAUGUUUCUCUCCACGGAGAACUUCGUUCAUUUCUUCUGUACCAACGAUAAGGGGGUCGCUGACGCCUGGCACCGCGCCGUCCAUGCCUGGCGCAGCUGGUACUUGGUCAACAUGCUGGGUGCCGGCGCGGAAGACAAGAUCGAAUCUCCUCCAGAUGAAGUGUCGCCCGCCACGAAGCCCUUCAAGCCGUUGCUGAACAUGAACAUGGACUCCCCUGAGACAUCCGGCUGCGAGGGAACCGCCCUGGACCGGACCAAGUCAUCGAAAUCGAAAGAGCUGUUCUCGCGCAAGAAGAGCACGCGCGAGCAUGCGCCUCCCCCAUCAUCCUUCCCCAAACUCCUCGCUGACGAGCCCGACGUGCCACCGCUCCCGUCGACAUCAUCCUCCCCCGACGACUCCCCGUUCACGUCCUCCGGCCUGCUCGGACGAAGCUACACCCUACGCCACCGCGCGAUGAAAGAACGCGAAGAGCGCGAAAAGAAAGCCAUUGACGAUCCGUUCGCCGCGCAAGGCCUCAUCGGAACCAUGACACGCCGUCCGACGAACGGACCCUCGUCCAGCCGACCCAACAGCCGCUCGAACACGAUGACCUCGACACACGCGCCCGACCCAGCCGGCCUGAAGCGUUCACAAUCCGUCAACAAAAACAAACCCCUCGUUGACCUGACCCCAGUCUACCAAGAACCACCUCAGCACGCGCGCAAGGGACGCGGCGUGGCCGUCGAGCCAGGAACGCUGCUCAUCGACGCCGCCACCGGCCGCGACGCCCCUGGCGGAAUUGCCGUUCCGUCCGCCACGACCUGGCGCCGUCCAGCUCCUCCGCCUCCCGCACCGCUCGACCUGUCCUCGUCGACCGAACUCACCACACGCACGCGUAACCGCUCCAACACGGCCCGUAGCAACAGCGCCCAACCACGACACUACAACUCGUCUACCCCGGCGUCCCCAAUAACCGCUACAUCUCCCGCGGACGCCACGCAGCGCGAAGACCCUUUCAUCCCGAACAGUCUGAUGACGCGAUCUGCACAGAUCGCCGCGUUAACGAAUAACGGUAUUCCUGUUGGUCAUGGUGUUGCGACAGGUGAUCGACUCGCUACGAAACCGAUGCUGGAUAUGUCUCCUGAGAAUCCGUUUACGCAGGGGAGUCUACUUCGGGGAUUAUAG